AUGGCCCAACACACCGGCAACCCCCCCUGCUAUCUUCUCGACCGAUCCUGUCUCAUUCCCCCCAUGGCGUCCACAAAGACGACUGACCUCACCACCGAAACUCAGCAUUCACUUGUCUCGCCGCUGUCGAUCACCGCCAUCUUCAUCAUCACUGUCACAACCUCCGCGGCGACGACGACCACUACAGCUCUCACUCCCGCCACCGAUCAAAGCGCUCCCGACGGCCCGUCACCCACUUGCGUUAUCAUUAAUAUUCAUGCCUAUAGUGAUAUGGACUCGAUCCAAACCUGUUCUCAUUGCGAUCGCACAUUCACCUCACGCGUCGGAAUGGUCGGUCACCUGCGAAUCCACCACUGUGUGACCGGUCACUAUGCGGUGAUCUCAUUCAUAUCGGCCGCAUCGUUACGAAGCUAUGUGUAUGGGCUAGAGUUUGAGAGUUUCUUGGAAUUGGCUGAGACGGAAUGCCUGCGUGGUCAUUCCUUUAAACUGAAGGGCUAG